AUGGUGUGUGUGUGUUACGGUGCUGUUCCCAUCGUGGGCCCUGGCACGUGUGUUGAUGAGGGGUGUCUCCGGACGAUCAAGCCCGGCCAGCCCUGCUUUAUCAACAGGCACAACUCGGCAGUGUUCCGAAUGGAACGGAGCGUCUGUUGCGCCGUGGUGCACACGGUGCGGCGCGAUUCCCCAUGUGAUUUAGCAUGUGGGCCUAGCUGGCUCCCCGAAACACUGAAAAAGUCCAACUCCGAGUCAUCCAACGUGACGAACGCUUUGCUGGCCAUCUCACCAGGCUGGUUUACGCUCUGCGAGGCCCUGAUCCAGCGCAACACAAUCAUAGUUGUGAUGGGCACUGAUAUCGGUCGGAGAUUUAGUGAUGUUGUGAGUGUGAUGGUUGGCGAUCAACCAUGUGAUCUGGCUGGAUUAAGCUCAGACUACCAACUCGGAGCAAGUGUCAACUGCAUAACGAGAGCAGAAAGUGAAGGAGCCGAGUUGGUUACUUUGACAGUCACGGGUGCAGACGGUACAAUGCAACACAGCUCAGGAACGGUCCACUUUAACUUCAAAAACCCAAAGAUUACAUAUUUCCAACCCAGUCUCGGCCCAGAAGCCGGUGGGACGAUAGUUAGUGUGAAUGGAGCGGCCCUCAACACAGGACGCGAUAUUCAAGCGUUCAUCGGCGACAAUCCUUGCCACAUAACAGGCCAACCAGUGGAGUCCAUGCUAGAAUGCACAACUACUGCUGGCCAAGUUGGAUAUAAAGAUGUUGUGAAACUCUCCUUCGAUGGGGCCAUGAGAACCUCAUCAGAUAUGUACACGUACGCUGAGAAUCCUACCGUUACUAAGGUGUCUCCUCUGAAAAGCAUCGUUUCGGGUGGUCGAAAUUUGACGGUUACUGGGACUUUUCUAACCACAAGUAGAAACCGUCAAAUCGUUGUCACUAAUGGAAACGGUAAUCGUAAAGUGGAGGAAUGUCAAGGUGAAUCUGCAACAGAGAUGCGGUGCCCAUCCCCUAACAUAAGAGACCUCGACAUAAGCAAUGAAAACUUGACCUUUGGCUUCAUCAUGGAUGGGGUCACUCAACUGUUGACAUGGUUUCAGGAUAACGAUGUCGACUUGGAGUACUUUGAGGAUCCAGUGUAUAACAAAUUUGAAGAUGGUAUGAAGGACAAGGAAGGAGAAACCUUAAAAAUCACGGGCGAGCGGAUUGACAGCGCCAUCACAGAGGGAGAAAUCAUCGUGACGAUCGGAGUAGAGAGCUGUCCCAUUAGCCUGUUCACUGGGACAACACUCGUAUGUGAAUUGCCCGAUGAGGCACCAGCAGCCGGUGACUACAUGGGAGAAGAUACCGGGAAAGGUCUGCCUGUUGUAUGGGUUCGUCACAAUAAUUUAAAAUGCAAGUUGGGCUACUUGGUCUAUCAAGUAGACACGGUGUCACUUGUCGCCAUACUUGUACCGAGUUUGACCAUCCUACUCUCCAUGGCGAUACUUCUCCCUGCUACCUUCAUGUACUGCAGACAAUUGCGAAGGAAGCGCACCCACGACCGAAGACUGUUGGGCAGGAUAGUGGCGAUUCAUCUCGAAAUUGACUCCCAUGUCAAAAGACGCAGGAGGUAUAGAUCCCAGAAACAGUCGGAAUCUGCUCAGCGAAAACAAAAGCGCAUUGUCCUGAGCAAGAAGGUCAGCUUCGUUCCCGACGACAUUCAUAUCGACUUCAGCCAACUGGAAUUGGGAGAAACUCUCGGACGAGGUGCAUUUGGACGUGUACUGAAAGCUGUUCUACACGACACGUCAGGGGAAGAUCAGAUUGUGGCAGUGAAGACAGUGCAAGACACCUCGGACACGAAAAAUGUGGUGAAGUUCCUGGAGGAAAGCCUGAUCAUGAAAACCUUCGACCAUGUCAACGUGCUGGGGCUUCUGGGGUUGACCUUUGACGCUGACAAAAAACCCUUGAUGGUGAUACCCUUCAUGGCAAACGGUGACCUCAAGACAUAUCUGGUCAAGAAGAAACAGACCUUGGCGACAUCUUUGCUGAUGAGGUUUGCCUCACAUGCUGCACUCGGUAUGAGUUACUUGGCUCAGCACAAGUUUGUCCACAGAGAUCUUGCGGCCAGAAAUUGCAUGGUGGAUAGUGAUCUUCUGGUGAAGAUAGCGGAUUUUGGACUGUCCCGUGACAUGCACGAAUCGGAUUACUACACAAGCGGCGAUGUCCAGGCUAAGCUGCCUAUCAGAUGGCUGGCUCCCGAGUCCAUGGAACGUCGAGUGUACAACGCCAGGACUGACGUGUGGUCAUACGGUGUGCUCCUGUGGGAGAUUUUCAGUAAGGGUGCAAGACCGUAUCCAGGAAUACCCCUCCAAGAUGUGUAUAUUUUCUUGAAGAGUGGUCAACGCAUGGAUGCUCCCAAGAACUGCCCGCCAGAAAUCUACGGCAUAAUGGUACGUUGCUGGCAGGACAACCCCAAGUCACGUUGCACCUUCGUCCAAGUUGCCAACGAGCUGGAAGAACUGUUGGAGGGAGACAAUGACUACGUAGCAGCUCCUAGUGCGGGUGUGUUUGGUAAGCGACCCAUCAAACAUCGCAAAGAACCUGGUGUCACAGACGACAGUUUUCUGGUCCCGAUGCAGCAGGAGACCGCCUUUGGUGCUGACGGCCCGUAUAGUGACGGAGAAACCAGCGGGAGCCAUGCGACCGCCGCCCAUGAUCCCUUGGAUUAUGUCAAUAAAAUUGUCAUUAGAUAA